AUGGUCAAUGUUACAAGUAUCCAUUACUACAGGUUGUUCCAACAGGUUUUCCUGACUCUGAUAGUAGGUUCCACUGACCUUGGACAAUUCCCUGUUAGCGUUUAUCAGGUGGAACUUGGAUCAUUCAAUCAAAGUCUACUUGUAGAUCCAAAGACAUGCUCAUUGGUUUCCAAUACAAUCACAAGCACCGAUCCAAAUAACCAACUCUAUGCCCUUGAGAUUCUUUUCAACAAUGUAAACACUUUUGAAGAAACCAUGUUUACACUGCCACCUGCUUGUACCUCCCUUCAUCUUAAAACACUAUCUCUCUCAAGUCUUCCAGAUAAAUACAAAAUUCCAUUAAUUUAA